AUGCUGCAAGUGAAACAACAGACAACAGUAAAAUCCGAAAGAAAGAACUUGGUGUUUGACAGAACCCAGGACUUCUUCAAAUCGUACAGCAAGUUCUUGGUGGUGGACAUGACCAACAUUUCGUCAAACCAGUGCCAGAAGAUCAGACAGGAUCUGAGGGGGAAGGGCGAGUUCCUAAUGGGAAAGAACACGACAAUCAAGAACGCGCUCAAGAGGAUUUCCGAGGAGCGCGAAGAGCUUAAGGGAGUGGAGAACGUUAUUAAGAACAACGUGGGCCUUGUGUUCACCAACGGGUCUCUGAGCGAGAUCGAAGACGUCUUUGAAAAGAACAAGCUGCACGCAGUUGCAAAGCCUGGGGACCUCUCGCAGUGCGACAUCUGGAUUGAGCCAGUGCUUACAGGGCUGGACCCGGGAAAGACCUCGUUCUUCCAGGCUCUUGGAAUUGCAACAAAGAUCACAAAGGGAAAGAUCGAGAUUCUAUCAAGGUGCAGCGCCUUGACCGAGGGAAAGAGAGUUGGACACUCUGAGGCAGCCCUGCUGUCUCUCCUGGGAGUCACCCCGUUCGUGUACAAGAUGAAGGUUGUGCACGCAUACUCAGACGGAAAGUUCUUUGACGUUGAGUACCUGAAGAUGACAACCGAGUCUGUCGAAAACAUGGUGAAGUCUGCCGUAAGUACGCUGGCCGCCAUGGCUUUGGGAGCUGGAUACGUAACCGAGUCAACCGCCUCGCAGGAGGUGCAGAUUGGCGCCAGAAACAUCAUGGCCCUUGCGGCCGCGGCAGAGUACGACAUGCCAGAGCUUGCCUCGCUUCUUAAGAAAUAA